AUGGUCUGCGGAAUCACCACAUACGGCACGGCCCUGGCUAUCAUCCUCGUUCCUGCUCUCGUCGUACCUUUUGUCCUCGCCAACAUCAUCGGCUGGACAGCAUUCGGAAUUCACAAGCAUCGCAAGCACAAGCGCCAACGUGAACACGGCCAGGGCGGCGGCUAUGGUUCAGCAGCAGGACCAGGCAAUACAUUUGUUACCAGCACAGGCCCUGGUGGAGAGACUGUAGUCUCUGUUGUCCCGGCCGGAGGGGCUGCUGGAACUGCUGGGGCUGCUGGGUCGGGUGGUGGUACUUAUGUUGCUGGUGCCCCUGGUGGUGCUGGUGGUGCUAGCGGAAGUGGUGCAGCCUACACGACUGGCGGAGUGCCUGUUCAGAGACAAGUGGUUCAGACAGCCAGCGGCCCUCGGGUCGAAGAGACAGUGGUCGUCGCCUAA